AUGACGUCCACACCCACCAACGCGAGAACCUCUAUAUUUUCUGCCAACACGGGCCUAGGAUUGAACAGCAAACUCACACCGUUAAAUACCCCAUUUCAGCGUGGGCCAAAAUCUCCUUAUAAAACACGCAGUCCGUACGAAUCCGGGCUUUCUCUGAAAAGAGUAAUUGGGACAACAGUCUCUUCACCGACUGCAUUCGAUACGUUACCGAACGAACCCAUAUUCGCCUACACAGCGGGUGCUGCUACUGUAGUUGUUAAUAUCGACGAUGCAUCCAACACGACUCAACGAUUCUUCCGAGCCAGACCUUCGGCGGUCGCUUCGCAAACCGUCAGUAGCUUUGCCGGAACACCAUCCACCCCCACCAACGUUGCAAAUGAUGGGAGGAAUAGAACAUUAGGAGGCCUGAGGGACGCUGGAAUUCCUUACUCGCCUUCUACCCCACAUUCUGGACUUGAGUAUCUCGCAGACUCGCCGAACGCAAAGUCUGGGACCGCGAGGGGUCGAAUCAAAGCUGCCACAUGUUUAUCUAUAAGCCGUGACGGAAAGCUGUUGGCGGUCGGCGAGACUGGCGUGGAACCCCGCGUACUUAUUUUUUCUCUUCAAAAUGGUUCUUCAGACAUUCCUUUAGCUAUAUUGAACGGACAUUGCUUUGGAGUUAGUGCCAUUGCUUUCAGCCCAGACGGCAGAUAUUUGGCCAGCUUAGGGUCACCUCAAGAUGGGUUUCUAUACGUGUGGUCUAUCAACCAAAGAACGGGAAGUGCAAAAUUACAUUCGAGUGGGAAAUGCAUUACGAAUAUCAGACAAAUGCUCUGGCUUGGGAACAGUGUGGUUACCAUUGGCACUCGGCAUGUCAAAGUAUGGAGGAUUGAGGAGCCUCGAAGCUCGUCCCCUACGAAGCCAAGAUUCGGGCUGGAUGGCACACCACAACCAACGCCCACACCACCGAUUGGUAUGGUUAAAACUCUUUCUGGAAGAAACGUUAUUCUCGGCCCACUUCUAGAAACGACCUUUACGACAAUUGCUGUAAUAUCUGAUUCGAAAGCGAUAAUAUGCUCCGACAGAGGUGACGUCUGCCUGCUCGACGAUAUGGAGGGUACGACGAUAGUAAAGGUAGCCUCAACAGGGUUUUCUAUAGCAUGUAUGGCUGUGGAUUCCCAGGAGCGUCUGGUGAGGAUAGGAGGGCAAAACGGGAGAUUCAAAACCUUAAAUUUGGAUCAAUUGUUGACACCAGCCAGCUCUCCAGAGUCACCUAUCGCAUUUGAGGAAGAUGGUGUGACGUCUGAUGAUGGACAUCUUCUUGCUAUGGGGUAUGCAUGUCGAAACCUCGUAACUAUCAAUUCAAAGCAAUUAAUUGAGAUAUCGAAAGCCACAUCUGAUCUGGUUGGACCACCAAAAGCAACCUGCACUCCAUUCCCCGCUCACGGGGAUGCUGUUUUAGGAGUACGAUUAUUGUCGCAACCCAACGAGAUGCAAGCGUCUUUCAUCACUUGGUCGGCAGAUGGUCUGAUCGUUUUCUGGGAUCUAGAUGGUAACUGCAAAGCGACGCUAAAGACGAACCUUGAACAGUCUGCUUCACAAGAAGAUAUUCAUAACCAGUGCCUCGUGGUGCGGGCCUCUGUCGGUGUAAAGUUUCUAGUCACUGGUGACAAGUUUGGUGUUCUACGAGUUAUUGACGUAACAAGUCAAAAUGUCACGUUCGAAGCAAGAGCGCACUCUUCCGACAUUCUUGACAUUGCGCUGCACGAAAAUGGAAACGAGGUGAUGCUAGCUACUUGCGGGAGGGAUAAGACCGUGCAGCUAUUUCGUUUGAUAUCUGGCCAGUGGACAUUGAUGCAAACACUAAAUGAACACACGGCGAGCGUGUCCAACAUACUCUUUACCCAAAAUGGAGAGAAGUUGAUAUCAUGUUCCGCAAACCGCGACAUACAGGUCCGACAAGUGUUGAAGAAGGAGGCACCACACGAGCACGAAGUGGCGGCCAUUCCAUUGAAGAUUAUUUCCCUCAAGAGCGCCCCAAAGUCCAUGACAGCAUGUGUUGGAGACCAAGCGGGUAAUCUGCUCGUUGCCCUAUCUGAUCGAAGUGUUGGGACAUACAACAUCACUAGCGGCAAGCUACUGAGCUCAUUUCGAGCUACUGACAGUGAAGGCAUAGAUAACGUUGUCUUAGGUGCUCUCGCAAUGGGCGCACCAAGCAUCGUUCCAGGUCACCCAACCAUUCUUGCUGGACUCUCUGAAACUGAUAAAUCGGUUCGGAUUUAUAACGCUGUGACGGGUGCUUUUCUUGACAAAGAGUGGGGGCACACUGCUGGAGUAGAGGAUGUUGUUCUGCUGGAAGGCCCUGGAACCGAUCAGAAAACUUUGGUCAGCACAGGAUCUGACGGUACAAUCAUGAUAUGGGAUCUGUCUGCCAACCCAGCGGAGCCACAAGAUUCUCCAGACAUUUCUAUUCUCACAGGUGAUCCAUCUACCCCAAGAGAUACUUCAGUGGCAAGGCCACCUCUUAGACGGGUGCUUUCAAGAGCUGAGAUGGCUGAGUUUCAACGGCCAACUCCAACUCCUACACCCACAGGUAACCGAUCUCCCCCACGGGUUUUGAGACGCAAAACAUCCCGAUAUGGCGGUCUCACCUCACAGUCACCCGCGUUGGCUCCGCCGCCUGUGUCUUUGGCCAACUCGAAGCAUUUUCCAUCAUCUUCUGACGACACCGCCGUUCGCCGAACCGGUCGCAAUCGCUCGCGGAGCCCACCAAGUCCUAAAGUGAAAGACAUGAGGAGGCCUUCUCUAGCAUCUCUUAACGAUUCCAAGGGUCGAGUCAGAGGGACUGGGAAUUUCAGCGAAUAUGGGACGCUUAACAUGUCUACAGAAUCCGCAUGUCGAACACUGCGAUCUUAUCGCAAAAAGUUGUUAUCCUCAGAACCUGUAAAGGACGAAUUAUUAAGGGAGCUCGAUCAGGAGCUACGACUGACGGUGAUAGCACUUGGAGAACGUAGUCUCAAGUCGAAGACGAUGAAUGAGGAAGUACUGAUGCGAGGCUUGCUCGACCAAUACUCGGAACGUCUCGUUUCGAUGUUUGACGAAAAGCUGAGGAUGACAAAAGCCGAAUCGAACGACGUAAUGGAAGAGGAACCGGGGCCGGAGCGACCGAAAACAGCUGGGAAUCCAAUUAUCAGCUCUGUAUAA